AUGUGCAUUGUCGGCGGAGCUUCUACAACCUUUUGGAAUACUCUUAUAACUUCAUGGUAUCAACACAUCGUUACAGUUCUGUGUCUAGUCACCACAAACUCCGCAAUCAAAUUCGUGUUGCAUGAGAACCAUGUUGCUCAAGGACAACAGGGCCAAGCAAUUCCACUGAACUUAGCUCGAUACAAAAAGGCAGUGUACAGUGCACUGUGGGAGCAGGUAAUAUUGGUUAUUUGUUAUCUCCCAUAUAACAUAGCUAUAGCGUUAUCAUCUCAAAAAGAGAUGUCGUUAUCUACUUACCUUGCUAUUAUUUUUACUGGUACCACGGUUAGUUUAAACUCGUCAUUAAACCCGUUGCUGUACUGUUGGAAGAUCAGAGAAGUAAGGCAAGCUGUAAAAGAAGCACUAAGGAACUCUCCUGUUGAUCGAGUUAAUUUUCUGGGCUUUCCAGCUUUCUCUUGCCAGCUCUUAAUUCCUGCUUGAAUCCUUGUUGAUAUUAACUGUAAAUAUAUUGUACUGGACGCAUAUUUUAUGAAGGCAUGUCACCUGUUUUUUAGGGCCUAUUAGUCCGCGGGGCCAACGUAAACGAAACGCACAGCAAGAAUGCCUGGGACGUAAGCAAUUCAAGUUCUGCUGUACACGUGUUUGUUGAGUACAAGAUGUGGCAAGAUAGUUGUUUUAUAAACUACUGUGUGGGUAUUGACUACUCAAUACACAUCAAGACAUCAUCAACUGUUCUUUCGCAACUUCUACCUUUCCAAACUCCUGGAAAGCGUCUGAGGUCAUACCCCUACUGAAAGACGGAGAUCACGAGGAGCCAUCAAAUAAUCGCCCCCUUUCGAUGCUCGCUGUUGCUUCAAAGAUCUGCGAGAAGGUAGCACUCCAACAGUUCAGCAGUUAUUUACAACGUAACGGCCUCCUUAGUGAACAUAAAAGUGAUAAUCGUAAAUACCACUCUACAGAGACUCUUAAUAUUACGAUCAGCGACUUACAGAUGCUAUGGACAAUAAGAGACUGUCAGCCUUGAUACUAUUAGAUCUAUCAAAAGCUUUUGACAGUAUUAGCCAUACUAUAUUAUUACAGAAGCUGAGCCUUGUUACCGCCGACAAAACCACGAAAUGGUUUGAGAGUUACCUGACUGACAGAACUCAGGUGGUCCGUAUUGGCACAUCUACAUCUACACCCCUCCCUAUCACCCAUGGCGUACCACAGGGCGCCAUACUGUCACCACUUUUGUUUUGUAUUUAUAUCAGUGAUCGUCCUCUCGCUCCACAAGUAUGCAAUCUCGAGUCCUACGUAGACGACUCUAAGAUCUUCUUAUCCUUUCCAGUCAAGGAUGCCGAGUCUGCAGAACGUGUUCUUGAGGAAGAUUUAAGACGAGUGGCUGCCUGGUGCUGUAAAAAUCAACUACUAAUCAACCCUGAAAAGACCAAGUUCCUUAUGGUCGGAACACAACACCUACUGCGCAGGCUUCCGAGCGAAAUCUCCAUCUCUUUCUUGGGGAAAGAGAUCACACCUGUCUCCAGUGCCUAGGAUCUCGGAAUAGUUCUAGAAAACAACUUAACCUAUGACCAACACAUCCAUCAACUUACUUCAUCGUGUAUGAUCAAACUUUGUCAAAAUAAACAGGGUAAAGAACAGUUUUGAUAGGGAGACUCUGUGCACAAUCAUCUCCGCUCUAGUCCUAAGCAAAUUGUUCUAUUGCUCUACAGUUUGGUCAAACACAACUGCCACAAAUAUCAAGAAGCCUCAAGCUGUUCAGAAUUUCGCGUGCAGUUUCAUCACAAAAACAAAGAAAUUUGAGCACAUAACACCUGCGUUACGUGAGAUCAAAUGGCUACCAGUAAAUGAGCAUCUCCACUACAGAGACACUGUAAUGACGUUUAGGUGCAUGAAGGGCCUUCACCCCACAUAUUUGUGUGAGUCUCUCCGAAGACGCAAGUCUAUUCACUAUCACAACACUAGAAACAGAGAAUCCCUUGAUAUUCCUCCAAGCAAGACAAAGUCAGGACAGCGACGUUUCUUCCAUAGAGCAGUCAACAUUUGGAACAAUUUAGACAAAGACUUUAAAACAGGUCACAAAAGAAAAUUUGUCGCAUGUGUCACACAUUCGUUUUUGUUUACGAAAAAAUGUUUCCUUUUGGCGUGAAAGCAAAUCCACACGACCACAUUUAAAUGUUUUGUAAAAAAGGUCUACCAUCGUACUAUGUAAUAUGCCCGAAAGACCUAGCUUUAUUAUGAUAGGGGUACAAGAACUUUAUCGGUAAGUACUAACAGUUCUGAAUAAUGCUUAACCACUUGGAAAAACGACCGCGAAGUAAAGCCGGAUCUUGGUAGGUGUAGAUCAGGAUCAGUAAUGAGAAUAAAACGUAAAAGCAGAUGCAAACUGGCAGCCAAAAGAUACCGUAAAAUUCCGAAAAUAAGCCCCUCCAUAUAUAAGCCCCUCCAAAUAUAAGCUCCCGGACCGGUAACGCAAAAAACCCUCCGUUAAAUUGCCCCUUCAAAUAUACGCCCUCCGGGGACUUGUACUUGGAAAAUUGCACUCAAAUACAAAGUAAAACAAAGCAGAAACGGUGAAUUUCCUUCCAACUAUAAGGCUAGCCCAAUCGAUUUUGAAACGCAAAUUUUCCUCCGAAGUUAAGCCCCUCCGAAUAUAAGCCCCUCCAAAAAUAAGCCCCUCAAAAAGGGCCUUUGAAAAAUAUAAGCCCCGGGGAUUAUUUUCGGAAUUUUUACGGUAGGGUACUAUUUAGUUGCCCGAUAUUUUGGUUAGACAAUACUAUCCUUUGUCUGGGGCUGCAAAAAGCAAUAAUAAAUUGUUAUAAAUAAGCGGUUGAAAAAAAACAACAACGAACAGUCGAUAUUUAGCUUCCUCCAUGAAUUGAUGGAUUAGUACGACUAUCUUUUAUUUCAAGAUUUUCUGUAGCUCUGCCAUUGAUUUUCCCAUGUGUAAUUUGGUGGCUUCUCCUGGGCUUCCUCGCCAUGAGAGUUUAAAUAAUUAGAUUUUUUUUUUGCUUUGUACAACUUAUGGCAAACAAGACAAUAAACAAUAAACAAAAGAAAAGAAAAUCAAAAGUACGAAUAACAAGAAUCUGUGUGUCGAAAAUUUAUUUGCUGGGCUAAAAACGCAUAUUAACAUAAAAAGCAGUCAGCAGGUGUUUAAAAUGGUGAGGGCCGCUUUGUUAAAAGAAGACAAAUUGAGGUGAUAAUCAAAAUUAGUAGAAAAAUAUUGUUGCCAUAGUGAAUAUCUUUAUUUUAUACUCAAGCAUUAUUGAUAGUUAUGGGGUUUCGUUCACUUAAACGAAACGUGUGUCCUUAUAGAUACCGGUAUUUUGCUUUAGUAACGGAUGAGUUGGACAAUUAAAAAUACGAAUAAAAUAACAAGAAUCUAUGUGUGUCGUGAAUUUUUAUUUACUUGGCUAUAAAACAUAUAUUGUAUAGGAAAAUUCAUUACCUGACGAGGGAAUUCCAAGUUAAAUUGCACGCGAAAACCGAUAUCGCACGAAUCGCGAAGCGAUGAGUGCGAUAUCGGUUUUCAAGUGCAAUUUAACGUGGAAUUCUCGAGUCAGGUAAUGAAUUUUCCUUGAAUCGCAUAAUUGAAUAAAAAUCAGAAGAAAAAAAAAAGAAAACAGCAAUAAUAUUGUUUGUUUUUAUCCUGAGCGCGCGCUCCAGAAAGCCAUUUCAAAGUCAACUGUCAGAACUGUCAUUGCGUUAGCGAAUAGGAAGCAAGGUCAGUCGUACACGUUUGAACCUUCGACAACUUUUUUUGUACCUUGUGCUUGUUUUUACUUUGUUUUCAAACUUUUUUACAUGUAAACAAGCUUCACACUAAUCGUAAGGAUAAAUAGAGGUAUUUUACUGAAUUUAGAAGCCGUUUAUGUAGAACGUCUUUUUUCAAAUUGGUCAUUUGCUCGAGAAGGAAAAUAAUUUACACCUUUUACCUCUUCGGCGGCAAAACGGAAAGAAAUCAAGUGUCCAAGCAAAAGCACUGAAAGUUUAACAUGUUUAACGUCGCGAUUGACAUAAGGUAAGUACCUUGAAAUGUUUUAGAAAUGCUGUUCAAGUUCAGCUCUGUUUUGUACUUUUCUAAGUACCACGAUUCAGGACGAUUGCAAGCGGCGUACUCUUUUUCGUGUUUUCAGGGGCCAUGUCCUCUUUGAAGGUAUUUAUUUCUUCUUCUGUAUAUGGGACAAUCGACCCCGGCACUUCCUCCGUUGUCGUUUCUCCGUUUUGUUUGGUUGAACUUUGGAUUGCCAUUUUCUGGGCCGUGUUCACAGGAUUUUCUUGUUUUCUGGUUGUCGCGAGUGAAAGAGGUUUUAUGUCUCUUCGAGAAUCUGUAGUUCAGUUCAAAACAAGGAAGAACCUCCGGCUCACUUUAAAAAACGCUUUUGUUUGUUUUUAACUCUUCAAAAAGUGACAAUGAAUGUUUUUGAAAACAUUUUAAAAUGACAUUGUAGAAAACCUUUUUUGCAUGUUGUUGUGUUAGAAUUUGACGAUAUAGUUGUUACGUAGAUGCGAAACAAUAUCGCUUAGCCUCGUUUUCAACUCGCAAUUCCACACUAAAUACCUCGCUUCGUUAACCAAUAAGAAUGCGAGAUUUUACUUAAUUAUGCGAUUCACAUAAAAAGAAGUCAGCAGGUGUCUAAAAUGAUUAGGGGACGCUCGUUUAAAAACACACAGGAGCUAUAAUCAAAACUAUUCUAAAGAAACUUUUUCUUAGUUGCAAGUUAAAAUGGAUAUCUUUAUUUUAUACCUAAUUAUCAUUGGUAGUUAAGGGGCUCACUCAAUCGAAACCUAUCUCAAGCGACCCGAAAAUUAUAAACAAACCAGUUUGACUUGUUUGGACUGUUAAGACUUCCUUUCUACAAGCCCCGAAACUCUAUGCACACGUCUGUCAAAGCUGGUCGCGCACGAUUAGCAAUUUAAUUGAUUAACUUUGGUGUUGAAGUACAUAACAAGUAUCGCCCAGUCCAAUGUUUACUAAACGAGAUGUCGUAACAAAGUUUUCAACAGCACGCGUUUUGCUUUUCAUAACAGACCCAAAAACUAAAGGUUCUUGCUAAGUUUGUUUUUCCAGCCAUCUGUAUUGGGUUAAUAACUCACAUGUAUUACGCUCUGCUAGGAAAAUUCUGAUGACUCAAGCAUAUUUGCAUGCAGCUUAAUGAGUUGAAUUGGCCGAAUUGCUUGAACUCGGACAGCGAUGUUAAUGAAGAAAACGUCAUACAGACUUUUUGCACCGACAACAUAUUAAGACCUAAAAAGUCAUUAAAAUGGCCCGUAAGUCAGUUUCAUCUGGCUCAUUAUAGUUCGACUAAUGUUUGUUUGAAAAAUUAAACAACUUUGCUGAAUCCUUUUCAGGCCUCGUGUGGUACGAUUAAAAACAGAAUUAAUUUUUUUCCUCAAAGUUUUGUAGAAAAAGUUGAUAAAAAUUAAAACAAGAAGAAUUGACAAAGGUCAUUAUCGCACAUCCAUAACAGACAACAAAAUUACCGCAGCCUACACAGUUUCAUGUGUUUGCUGACUGUCAAGACUUCCUUUACUACUGAAAACUCAUUAAAAUGAUCCGUGAGUUUAAGUUUCACCUGUGACAUAACACCUGGCUCAUCAUAGUUUGGUCAGUUAGAUUGAAAAGGUACCGAGACAACUUUGGCCCUCUGAGCUUUUUUUUUACGUUUAGUUAAUAGUUUUUGCACGUUUAUGACUCUAUAAAUUACUGCUGAUCAUUGUUUAUUAAUACGCCACAAAUUGAAGUAUAUAGUUAUGGAACAUGGAUCAUGCAUCAUGCAUCAUUCUUCACCGAAGCAAACUUAAUUGAAAUAGAUGGAUGAAUAAAGCCCUCACUUCCCGGCUCAGAAAUAUGGCACCGACAAAUUUUACCGAAUAUGAAAACAAGAAAACAGUCGAUGAACUGUACUGCUCGGUGGAAUUAAUCAGAGGUGUAGAUGGCGAACUUAUAUUCCUUUCAGCUCUUCAUAUUUUUCUUUCCGUCACUGCACUUCUGGGGAACACUCUGAUCCUAGUUGCCCUACACAAGGAAACUUCACUUCAUCCGCCGUCCAAACUCUUGUAUCGUAACCUGGCGAUAACUGCUCUCUGUGUUGGUAUCAUUUUGGAGCCUUUGUAUGUGACUUACCUUACUUCUGUUGUGAACGAAAGAUGGGAUAUUUGCUAUCACGCAUAUUGGGCACAAACUUUCUUAAGUUAUAUUCUGUGUGCAGUAUCUUUAGUAACAUCGACUGCAAUAAGUGAGGACAGACUCCUCGCCUUGUUACUGGGGCUCAGAUACAGACAAGUUGUAACUUUGAGAAGAACGAGAAUAACUGUGAUUGCUUUAUGGAUUUUGUCCAUCAUUAGUGCCUGCACUAUUUUUUGGAAUCCUCUUAUAUUUGCAUGGUAUCAGCACAUAGGUACAGCUCUGUGUCUAGUCACCACAAUCUUCGCUUACACCAAAAUUUUCCUCACUCUACGUCACAACCAAAUUCAUGUUAACCCUGUUCAGAGCCAUGUUUUUCCAGGACAACCAAGCCAAGCAAUUCCACUUAACAUAGCUCGAUACAGAAAGGCAGUGAACAGUGCACUGUGGAUACAGGUAACAUUGGUUGUUUGUUAUCUGCCGUUUGGUAUAGCGGUCGCUUUGACACCUCAGAGAGGGAUGCCUUUAUCGAGCUACCUUGCUCGAAAUUUUGCGGGUACCAUCGUUUACUUAAACUCAUCCUUAAACCCCUUUCUGUACUGUUGGAAGAUGAGGCAAGUGAGGCAAGCUGUGAAAGAAACACUAAGGCAACUCUUCUGUUGA